GUGAGGUGAUGAAAAGGCAUAUGCAUAAAGAGCCAAACAGAUCAAUGUGAGCUCAUGCCCCCUUUUUCUCUUCAUAUCAUGUCAUGCUAUUUUCUUAAUGCCAGCCAGUUCUGUGAUCCUACAUGCAUGAGGUAGUUAUUAGUAGCACAAGUUGCCUUCAUGCAGCCACCAUUAUAUAGCUAGCCUCCCACUACAAAACCAUCACUUAACUGCAUGACUGUGUGACUGAUAUGUAGUACCGGUCCACCCUCUCUUGAAUUGAGAGAUCUCACCAUGCCAUCACCAUCAAAUAAUAUGCCUCCAGCUGAGAGCUGACUAGCCCUCCAGCACAGUGAGUGAGUCACUCAGUCUGCUAAAGCACCACACUCCACAAGCAGCCGAGCCAGGCAUGGACAUGAAGCAGCAGGGAUCCGCCGGCGUCAUGGAGCGAUCAGGCCAGCAAGGAGAUCAGGACGCGGGCAGGAACCUGAGCGCGGCUGGCGCCAUGACGCUGGCAACAGUGAGGGAGUACCGGAGGGGCAACUGGACGCUGCCGGAGACGAUGGUGCUGAUCGAGGCGAAGAAGCGUGUGCACUCGGAGCGGCACCCGGCGGACCAGGGCCUGGCCCGGUGGCGCUGGGUGGAGGACUACUGCUGGCGCGCCGGGUGCCGCCGGAGCCAGAACCAGUGCAACGACCGCUGGGACAACCUCAUGAGGGACUACAAGAAGGUGCGCGCCCACGAGCAGCAGCACGCCGCCGCGAGCUCCUACUGGGCCAUGGCCAGGGCGGAGCGCAAGGAGCGCUGCCUCCCUUCCAACCUCCUGCGCGAGAUCUACGAGGCCAUGGGCGAGAUCGUCGAGAGCCGGCGGAGGUUGAGCUGCUACGGCGGCUCCGGCUCCGGCUCCGGCGUUUUGUUCUUGGGGGCGCCCUUGACUGCCACCAACGUCGGCGCCGACAUCCCCGCCAUGCAGGCCUCCCCGCUCGCCCAAGUCCCGCCGCCCCGGCCUUUCGAGCAAGGAACGCACUGCAGCGCGUCCGAGUCGCCGGAGAGGAAGAGGCUGCGGCAGUCGCUGGACGGGCAGCCCCGGAGCAGCACGCCGGCAGCGGCAUCGGCAUCGGCAGGAAUACACCAUCAAGAAGCCCAGCCCCUGCAGGAAGACGACGAGAGCUCGGGCGAGGACGAAGACGCCCUGGGCGGGGCGAUCGGGCGGGGCGCGGCCAUCCUGUCGGGGGCGCUGGAGAGCCGGGAGGCCGCGGAGGAGCGGCGGCACAGGGAGCUGAUGGCCGUGGAGGAGCGGCGGAGCGUGGCACGGCAGGCGCGGCGCGAGGCCGGGGAGCAGUGCGUGGCCGGGCUGGCCGCUGCCGUGAGCCAGCUCGCCGGCUCCAUGUUCGCGCUCGCCGCCAAGCGCAAGGGCCCCGCCGCGCCCAAGUGAGACAAAAACAAAGCUCCCCCGGCCAGGACCAGGAGCCAGGAGGGAGAGAGUAGUCGAGAGAAGACCAAUAAUCCAACGGGGGAUCUCUGCACGAUGAUGCCGCGCGCGUGCAGUGAUCGAGUGUGCCAUGCAUGCAUAUCGAGAUCGGUGCGUGCGCGCUAGCUAGGAUCGAUCGGCGAGCCCGAUCGAGACGCCGGAGCUGUGUGCAUGUGAUCGACAGGUGUCGCUAGCUAGGAUCGGCGUAGAGGGCAGCUAGCUUAAUUUGUUCAUGUGCUAAUCGAUCGUUUGGAUUAUUUAUGUCUGAAUGCCAUGCAUAAAUGCAGGAUCUAUGGUUCUUUGAUC